AUGAGUGUCGCCCACAACUGCGAUGCUCCGGAAAAUGCAUUGUUGGGCACAGAAAUGAGAGCUAUUCUGUCGGUGGUUUAUAACCGUGUAUACCAACCAGGCUAUGAGAAAGAAUCGGUGUUUCCGCCAUGGCUUAUCCCUGAGCAGAUCCUAUAUAUCUCGCAAUAUAGAUUUUGUCAAGUACGCGUGAUCGAAGCAGUUUUCGAUCUGCCUCAGCAAAAGCUCACCUUAAAAUUCACGCCGACUUACAGCUUCUUGAAACGGAAGGAGGCUCCUUGGGACCUUUUCUUUUGUGCGAGUGAAAGCUUACCACGUACGCCAGAGGAACCCUAG